AUGCGUGAAAGCAGCCCUUCGAUAACAAAAUACGCUACCUGGCGGCUGCUCCGUGCCAAGCCACUAAACGCCGUCAGCAGCGACGUCGCGUUUGCACAUUCAUCUCGUCCAUUCGGACGAAUUAUUGCUACCACCAUCGAACGGGAUAAUGAAGAUGUGGAGCUUCAGGAUUCCGACCCCCCUAGGGCACCUCGCGCGAUCUGCGGCCUGUCGGACCUGACUGCUUAUCAUUAUCCGGGAUCGCCACCCGGUGGAAAAGUCACUUCUCUUGCUCCUCAAAGCCGCAUCAUUACGUCCACAAUGCUCAACACCUUCUCUGCGGAACCGGAAAUAUCGCCUCGGCAGUAUGAGCUGGAAGACCCAUCCAUCGUCAAACCCCGACCGAAGCGACACCAAGUCGCGCGGGCCUGCGUCUGGUGUCGUACAUACCGGAUCAAGUGCGAUGCUAGCUAUCCGUGCCGUAAUUGUAAGGCGAAGGGGCGUAGAUGCUACGCUGAGAAAGGGAAGGACGACGUGCGAACUUUCUCACACGCCAUGAAGGUGGUCGAUCGUCUGAAAGAUCGAGUAAAAGAACUCGAAGAGAAGCUACAGAGCUUGAGCCUGGAGGCCCUCCAAAAUAAGCAGUCAGUAGACGAAGCACAACCGACACCGCCCUCUGCCUCUCUUCCUGUGAACCUUGACCCGUUGGCCGAGCAUGGAGGGAACAAGAAGUAUUACAACUGGGAUUUCGUGUCUACGGGGACUACUCGCGCGACUCAGCAAUGCUAUGGCCCGUCCUCAUCGUUCUACUUCAUCGGCCAGAUGACCACCUAUCUGGAUGCGGCGGAUCAUCAGCAGCAUCAGGGUAUGGGACGUUCUGAUUGCUUCCGUGGAUCCUUUUUGAGCUGUUCCGGCGACCUAGAGUGCAUAGUAUUCAAAGAGCGUUUCAGAGGCCAAGGCCAACCAUUUGCGGAACACGACCUGUCUCGAUCGCAGGAAGAGCUCUUUCUGAACUUGUACUGGCAAAUCUACCAUGACAUCUAUCCUAUAUUGAACAAGGAAGAAUUCAACGCCCACUACGCCGCCCUAUGGGACACGACAAAAGCCCUAAGGCAACCAUCAGCGCUAGUCGACAUCGUCCUCGCGCUAUGCAUGCAAUGGGAAGCAGGUUCGAACAUCGCCAUCUUGUAUCCUGAACGGUCUAGCACAGGAGACGCUACUAUGGCAGGCCACUGGUUUCACCGUCGAUGCCAGUACCUGCUCACGGACGAGCUGGAAGAGCCUUCAAUCAGGACCUUCCAGUGCUACCUGCUCUCCGUGCUUUGGCUAUCUACCGCUUCUUUGCACAACAUGGCGCACAGUGUCUUGGCCGCAGGCAUCCGAACUGGCAUCAUUCUCGGAUUGCACAUUGACCCACCUGACUCUUUGCCCACAGGUGAGCGCGAGUUCCGAAAGCGGCUUUGGUGGACGAUGUACGUACUAGAGAUGAAGUUUGCCAUGGAGCUUGGACGACCCCUCGCCGUCAACUUUUCCCAGGUCACUUGCGGUCUACCCGGAGACUGCGAGCUAGUACCAGAUCAUGAUGAACAAGCUUCUCGCCCGCCAUCGUUCAACACUCAGUUCUUAAAGCUGUUUCUGUCGACUAGAGCGAUUUACAUCACGUUUUAUUCCAAGUGCGGGGAGGUACUCGGAAAGUCUGGACAUAAGACGCUAUAUCAUGACCAGGAGAACCUGGAAAUAUGCGCAAAAUUCCUCUCAAAGAAGAUCAGCUACCUACAGGCCUGGCUGCAACAGGUCCCCGGGGCCCUUAGACCUAAGCGAAGAAACCGCGGACAGUCCUUCUCUACGGAUCGCUCGGAGCUCGAUAUCUCAUCGUCAGCCGAUGACAAGAUUGCCCGGCAAAGUCUAUAUCUUGAGCUGCUCUAUCACGACCUAUCCAUGAGCUUGUACCGGCCCUUCAUUGCCUUCUCCAAAUCUACGAGGUUGGCGGGCUCGGAGACUGAGAAGCAUGCCAUUUCCAGCGUCAACCACGCUAUCACCAUUACCAGCAUCAUUCACCAAGUACUCAAUGAGAAGAAUUACCUCAAUGGCUGGCACGAAACCUUCCGGUGGCAAUGGAAUGCGGCGCUCUCACUCAUCGGGUUUAUCUUGGCGUUCCCUGGGGGCCCAAAUACCUCCAGCGCUCGGAAAGCAUUAGGCACGGUACUCUCAACCUUUCAACUCCUAUCCAAGAAUAUGCCAAGUGCUGCGAGAGCCGCGACUCUUAUUCGGGAUCUGGCUGCGAGAACCGAUGUGCUCAUCUCUAGCGCCGAAGCUUCCCUUCUUGGCAGCACGAUGAGAAUGCCAUCCAUAGCCUCAUCGAGCGACCUCAGUACUCCAGAAAUAGAUGGGCUGGAAUUCGGAGUCGACGUGCUAGUAGACCCAACCGUUAUAUCGAAAUUGGGCGGGGAUGAAAGGCAAUUUCAGAACACCUUAGCCAGUUCUUCCGGCUUCGCGUUCACAUCGGAUUCCUUCAGCGGUCUCGGGGAUAUCGACAUGGACGAUGAGACGAUGUUAGAGUUUCUGGACUUUGGCACGUUAGGCGAUCUCUGA